AUGGCAACCAAACCGUAUGGCGACAAAGACGUGCACGACCGGCAUAGUGCUGGCUCUCCCAAUACUCCCAGAUCUCCCAGUGGUGAACUAGCCGAAGGCUUUGUCUCUGAAAAUGCCGACCUUCUGCAACGACGACUCGGUAAUCGCCAAAUUCAACUCAUCGCUAUUGGCGGUUCGAUCGGUACAGCUCUUUUCGUCUCCAUCGGCGGAGGUCUAGCACGAGGUGGCCCUGGUAGCUUGUUUAUAGCAUACACACUUCACAGUAUCAUGCUCGGUUUUGUCAACAACUGUAUGGCUGAAAUGGCAACUUUACACCCCGUUUCUGGUGGCUUCAUUCGAAUGGCUGGUAAAUGGGUCGACGACGCCUUUGGCUUUAUGGCUGGCUGGAACUUCUUCAUCUACGAAGCGCUACUGAUCCCCUUCGAAAUUUCUGCACUCAACCUAGUGCUUACCUUCUGGAGUGACAACAUCCCAGUAGCGGCAAUUUGUGCUGUUUGCAUCGUCCUCUAUGCUAUACUCAACUUUCUUGCUGUGAAGGCAUAUGGUGAAGCUGAGUUCUGGCUUUCCGGAGGGAAAGUCAUUCUCAUCUUCAUGUUGUUCCUUUUCACCUUCAUCACCAUGGUGGGUGGCAAUCCAAGAGGUGACGCUUAUGGCUUUCGCUACUGGAAAAAUCCUGGUUCGUUCGCCGAAUAUCGAACGGAAGGUACGCUUGGCCGCUUCGAAGGGUUUUGUGCUGCGUUGUGGUCAGCAUCCUUUACGGUCGUGGGUCCCGAAUAUAUUGCCAUGGUUGCCGCUGAAGCAAAACGUCCACGCGUUUACAUCAAGAACGCUUUUAAAACAGUCUAUUACCGGUUCGGCCUGUUUUUUAUCGUCGGAUCACUCGCCGUCGGAGUCGUUGUUCCCUACAACGACCCUACUCUAGUCAGCAUCCUUGCAGGCGAGGGUUCUGGUGGUGGAACUGCUGCUGCUUCACCAUAUGUCAUUGCGAUGAGAAACCUAGGCGUUUCCGUUUUUCCACAUGUUGUGAAUGCUCUACUGGUCACCAGUAUUUUCUCUGCUGGCAACACCUAUACCUACUGCGCUACUCGGUCCCUCUAUGGUCUUGCUUUGGAAGGUCGGGCGCCCAAAUUCCUCCGCCGCUGCACGAAAAACGGUGUGCCCAUCUGGUGCUUCUGCAUUGUCAUGGUCUUUCCCUUCCUCAGCUUUCUCCAAGUUGGCAGUGGUUCCUCUAUUGUCCUUAACUGGCUCACGAACUUGAUCACAGCUGGAGGUGUUCUCAACUACAUGAUCAUGGCGACUACCUACCUUUUCUUCUACCGAGCUUGUCAAGCACAAGGUAUUGAUCGCAAGACCUUCCCUUAUACUGGUUGGUUCCAGCCAUACAGUGCCUACAUCGGCCUAGCGUGGAUGACCACGGUUGUGUGCUGCUACGGAUAUAGCAGCUUUGCCCCUUGGAGCGUGGAUAACUUCUUCAUCUACUACACCAUGUUACUACUCGCUCCCUUCAAUUUCAUCGUCUGGAAGCUUCUCAAGAAAACGAAAUUCGUCAAAUCUCACGAAGCGGACCUUGUUUGGGAGGCACCUGUAGUCGAUGCCUACGAGGCUUCGUUCACAUCACCGCCUGUUGGAUUUUGGACUGAGAUGCUUCAACUGGUCGGUAUUGGUCGGAAGAAGAGGGAUCGUCGAUCAUCGGUUGCCUCGUAUUAA